UUAUCCAAUAGCAGCGGAGGAUGACGUUAAAAAGUGGGAGCGGUCAUACUUGAUGUUAAGCUCGGCUCAUAAGGCAUUAAUUCCUCACUUGCAAAAGAAGUACGAGGAUAUGAGGAGGUAGGUGUGUCAAGACCAAUACAUGUUUCAUCAUGAAUAUGCUUCAGGUACAUUUUAUCUUGAUCAGGUACACAGGGUUUAGGGUUUGGAUGACCAGUAUGAAUGGGUGUUUUCGCCGCAAAUGAGCACCUAUCCAUGUUCGUAAUUAUGCCUUCUUUUCAGAUGAAAAUAAGCUUUCUACUCAACAAUCACUUAGCAUGUCCUUUUAAAAGAGAGCCAGGAUCAUUUUUCGGUGGUUCUUAGCGUGUAACGCUAACGAUCCUAGGUGCUUGAUGAGGAGAGUCUAAAAUAUAUUAGACUGUAGCAUCACCAGCUUUUCGUGAGGGCUCAGUAGCUUAUAAACGUAAAGAACUGGCAGGUGUUGCAGGAGGUAUUCUCGAUCCACGUGGAGUUUUACUGAAGCUGAGGGAACUAGUUUUUUUCAAAUAUAAUGCUGCCGCUAAAUCCUUAUUGGCACGUCCAUGAUAAGACAUUCAGAAAGUGCACAUGUAAAAAUAAUCUUCACAAAAAUGAUGUUAAGACAACUGAAACUCACUUACACACGAGUCAUUCUAGAGACUCAGCCACAACAUUUGCCAACUCCAACAAACGGCAAGCCAUACAGAGAAGCGACGACGACCCCAGAACUGAUUCAUCAACUCUUGAAAUCAAUGGAUUUGGUACCCGAGGCCCUGUACACUUAAAUUGUGACGGGUCUUUUACUGGAUGUAAAGCGCCAGCGAAUGAACGUGGUGUAGCUGCAGGAGCUUGUGGCAACUUAUCCUGCAACACCACUGAUCAUGAGAGCACAAACAGAAAGUGCUUUGAGAAUGAGCAACGAAAUGGAUCCACGAAACGCUUGGCUUGUGAGCGUGUUCAAUUUGAUCGGAGUCACCUAUCAUUUCAGCUUCGUGUUCCCUUUAAAGACAUAGACAAGGUGCGAUCUAUAAUUCAAAAUAUCGUUCGUGACUGGAGUGAAGAGGGUGCACUUGAACGAGAGCAGUGCUACCAGCCCAUAUUGGAAGAACUCCACCGCUUAUUUCCCGAUCGGAAUGCUUCGAGGCAACGUCCAACCUGCUUGCUCCCUGGGGCAGGGCUAGGUCGUCUGGCCUGCGAAGUUUCACGCCUUGGCUUCAUCGCUCAAGGGAAUGAAUUUUCGUACUCCAUGCUUAUGUGUUCCAGCUUUAUACUAAACCGAUGGAGCAGGACUACUAAAGCAUUAGAAUGGACCUUGCACCCCUGGAUUCAUAGCAACUGCAACCAUUUUUCCGAUGGCGAUCAAAUGCGGGCUGUACUUAUCCCAGAUCUUCUUCCAGGAAGUGCAGGAAUUACAAACGGUUUUUCCAUGUGUGCUGGGGAUUUUGUGGAGGUCUAUAGUCAUCCAGGCCAGGCAGGGGCAUGGGAUGCUGUUGUAACUUGUUUCUUCAUUGACACUGCGCACAACAUUGUAGAAUACCUGGAAGUAAUAUCACGUGCUCUCAAGCCUGGUGGGGUUUGGAUAAAUUUGGGCCCCUUACUUUAUCACUUUGCCGCUGAAACAACUUACUCUCCAGAAGAGAUGUCUUUAGAACUCAGCUUGGAAGACGUGAAAAAGGUUGCUGCAAACCUGGGAUUAAUUCUAGAGAAAGAAAGGAUGAUAGAGACAACAUACGCAGCUGAUUGUCUCUCAAUGAUGCAGAACCGGUACACAGCAGUAUUCUGGACAAUGGUGAAAGAAGAAAUUGCACCCACACAGAAAAACGUUUAACAAGGUUGACUGGUGCUCAGAAACAACUGGUGUAUAGCUACUUUUUUAUUUCUUCCAAUUCAUUUCUGGUGACGUUGUGUCAAGCUUAGUGUGCAUUUUCUACAACUUGGUCCAUUAUUGAAGCCACGAUCAGCCCCAUUUGCAGAAUCACUAAAGUUACUGCAGUAAGCAAGGCACCCUUGUUAGGAUUUAGUGAGCGGAAUGUGGAUUCUUCAAGUGCCAUUUGAUGCUGUAGAGUUUUCUAGAUCGGUUCCAACAUGAAUAAUCCUUCGGUAACGGUAUUGACUUCUCACCCUCGAA